AAAUAUGGUUUGGAUCCCUAAAAGAUUAGUCAAACUGUCAAUGUUUCAAUUAAUCUUAAUUGUUAUUAUCAUAAAUUGUUCGUUUACUAAUGAAUGAGAAUUAGCAACUGUUUAUUAAUUGUUAUCAAGAGAUCGAAACAAUCAGUUAAUUGUGUUGCUAACAAAAUACUGAUCACAAUAUUAGUUGAAAUCUCAUCGAAAGUGUAUUAAGUUAACCAUUUACAUUUUCGCAAUUUUUUUUUGUUUCUUAUUGUUUAAUUGUGAUUGUUAAUUUCUUGCCCUUCAACAAUUAACAACAAUGGCCGCAAUGAUUGACGGUAAAUCAUUUUCUGGUAAAGUGGUAAUUGUAACUGGUUCCAGUUCUGGCAUUGGUGAAGUGAAUGCAAUUCAUUUUGCCCGAUUAGGAGCUUCGGUUGUGGUUACAGGUCGAAAUCAAGAACGGGUCGAGAAAGUGGCCAACGAAUGUCGGAAAUUCAACACAACCGACCAAUCAAAGACGCUUGGUGUAGUUGGUGACAUUUCGACCGAAGACUUUUGUCAAACUCUAAUUAACUUGACAAUUAGUGAAUUUGGUCGAAUCGAUGUUCUUGUUAACAAUGCUGGUAUUUCCAGUGCAGUUGCGAUUGACGAACCUGCGGACAAAUUUUUCACCGCUUUGGACAAUAUUUAUCGAACUAAUUUACGAGCUGUUUUGUACCUUAUUCACUUGGCAACACCUCAUCUAAUUGCGAGCAAGGGAAACAUCGUCAAUGUGUCCAGUUGUGCUGGUCAACGUCCAUGGGAAAAAGGUACAGCCUAUUGUUCAUUGAAAGCUGCUCUCGACAUGACGGUUAAAACACUCACCUUGGAAUUGGCACCUAAAGGUGUUCGAAUCAAUAACGUCAGUCCAGCCUAUGUGGAAACGCCAAUGUUAUCCGAUGGAAUUGAACAUCUCAUGCCGGAGAUAAGACAAAGAGUCUCAGAGAAAUAUCCUCUCGGCAGAAUUGGACAAAGUGAGGAUGUUUCGAACGCCAUUGUUUUCCUUGCUUCGGAAAUGGCCUCUUUCGUUUGUGGUUCUUGUCUUCCGGUUGAUGGUGGGUCGUUGGAUGGUUCAUACACUCAUACUCCACCUGAAAUCAUGAAAUUGAUUAUAAGAUAAUCAAUUCAGAGAGGGAGAGAGAGAAUUGAUUCCCCAGAUAAUUGAAACAUUGAUCUUUAAUCAAUGUUUUCAUCUAUUCAUAUAUAAUUACAUUUGAUUGAUUCUCAAUAAAGAUUCAAUAGUUAUCUAUUAAA